CGUGGGAGUGGAUCCGCAUUGAAGAUGCAUCGCCAUGGUGCACGUCGGGUCUCUGCGUGAGGUGCUCAGUGAGGCCCGGCCCAGCUGGAGCGAGAAGGACCUCACUGCAGUGGAGGAGAAGCUGUCGCGGGUGGGGGUGGCCACUGCCCAGCAGCUGGCAGAGCUGCUGGCGGAGAUCAACUCGCGGCUGCUGAAGGCGGGGCAGAAGGCCUUCAACAGCGAGACCUUAGCAGCCCUCAGGUCCCGCCUUGAGGCGAAGGGCGAUGGCAGGGAGACGAAGGACGAACCCAAGGCGACAGGCUACCCUGGCCAAAGGGAGGCUUCAGCAACUGCGCCGACAGCUGCACCUGGCCAGGGACAAGGGGCGACCGCCAAGAGUACUGCGACUGCGAAUCUGCCACAGCACGAGCGAAGGGAAGCCGCCCCCGACCAGAAGCCCACGCCCGAAGCAAAGGAUCCGCCGGGACCUGUGCCCUCCACCUACUCGCCCUCCGCCCAGUUUGGCACCCUCGAGGCGCUGGGGGAGACGCAGCUCAUCAAGGCAGUGCGCCAAAAUGACCUGCGCACUGCACAAUAUCUGCUGGAGCACAGAGCAGACCCGAACGAGAAGGACGGGUUUGGGGAGACGGCACUCAUGGAAGCCGCCGCCCAGGGCCAGCCCAACCUUUGCAAGCUGCUCUUGGAGUCCUUGGCCAACGUAGGCUACCGGUCCCCCACCAAGCUCCGCGCCCAGGACCUGGCUGCCGACCAUGUGAAGCACUUCUUCAACAUGCCGCAGAGCUAUUGGCACGACCGGGGCCUGAGGCUGGCGGCGCGGCAGCACAAUCUGCGAAGGGCGGCGCUGCUGCUGGAGCGAGCCAAGCAAGACAAGCAGGAGGUCGAUGUGAACGGAGCCGACGGCAACGGUUUCACGCCCCUCCACGUCUGCGCAGCCAGGGCGCCCGACUCUGACGAGUCGCGGCUCUUCACUCGGUGGUUGCUCGAUGAGAAGGCGACCGUGAAUGCCACGAACCUGCUGGGCGAGACUCCGUUGAUCCUUGCAACACGAGCAUCUGCAGACGCUCAGAAGUCUCUGCGCUUAAGUAUCGUCAAGCUCUUGCUGAAAAGUCGCGCUGCGGUGAACACUUCCGACUCUGUCCUGCACGAAACUCCGCUCAUGGAGGCUGCUGGAAUAGGAGACUCGGAGCUGGUGCUGACGCUGCUGCGCGCGGGCGCGGAGAGUGCGCGGUGCAGCGCCAGCGGGCAGAGCGCCCUGGACUUUGCCCUCAACGAUGAGGUGAAGUGGAUGCUCAAGAACCCGAUGCAGGCCACCUCAGGGUCACCCUGGCCAUCUCGACAGCCAAACUCCCGGGUACCGCCACCGCCGCCACAGCCGCAGCCGCAGCCGCAGCAACCGCAGCCGGGUCCGCGGCCGCCAUUUCCGUCCUUCGUGCCAAAGCAGCCAGGUCCGAAGACACUGCCAAAGAAACCGCAGACUUAUUCCGAAAGACUACAGAGCCUGCUCGCCAAGUACCCCGGCUUCGCAGGGUCUGGGGUGGAGAUGCCGAGCCACGCCUGGCAGUGGAGCCACGAGGAGCUCGAGCUCUUCAUCGGCAGCAUGGGCCAAUUCUGGCCGCCGGGCCGUGCUCGGCCCAGCAUGAAGCCAGGGCCCACUGCCGGUGCCGGCGCGGCAGGCAGAGGCCGGGACGUCUGGGAACGGCCGAAGCCCUCGCUGCGCCCUCACUACCAGGUGCUGGGUGUGGCGGACGGCACCAGGGACCAGCAGACCUUGAAGCGGGCCUACAGGCAGGCGGCAUUGAAGUGGCACCCGGACAAGAACCCCAACGACCCCCAUGCGGCCGCCAACUUCCAGAAAGCCUGCAAUGCCUUUGAGCAGAUUUGCAAAGCGCUUGGCUUCAACGCGUGACGUGGCCGAAGCCUUGCGGGCAGCGCAGGGCGUGUAGCAAAGUGCAGAGCUGUUGCAAGCGCUACACCCAGAGGCCGUCGGAUCCACUCGGCUCGGCGCGGACUCGGUCGAUGGAUUCAGCCUGGAUGGAGAACCGGAGAAUGGGCGCUGCACUGCUGGACCCGCACGGCAGAAAGCGCCUGCACUUCUGCCCCUGGCAGGCAAACAGAUUUGGCAGCGACAAAGCAGUCCAGGUGCCACGGAGCAUUUGUGAGGCUGUGUUUCGUGCUGUUGGCAGCAUUAGCAUUUUGGCCAACAGUCAUGCAUGAGAAAUGAGU